CCUCAGCCCGAGGAGGACGAGCUGGCCGACCUUGCAUGGUGUUUGUAUGCUGGUGGCCACAGUCACUUCCUGAACCGACACCUCCUGACUACAAAAAAGUCAAAGUCAUGCGAGACUGGCUACGUUUACAGUCAGUCUGUCGACGUGAACAUAUCUCAAGCACAAUGGAUGUUCAAGAAAGCGCACAAGCCAUCAUCUGUCAAGACUUACCUGGAGCAGAACAAUUUCAUCAACCGGGUUCACAAUAGUACCUCUGUCCACAACUUCACCCAUCUCGACUAUCAGGCAUAUCAAUCCAGUGAUGUUGAUUCGGAAUAUGAAGGUGCUUCUGAUAUGGAUUAUAUCAUUGCUGGCUAUGAAGAAGUGGAGCUUGACAAUGCUUCUCUUUUGACUCAACCAUCGCAACCUGAUCUUGCCACUUCCUUUCCAACAUAUCACACUGGAUGUACUCCAGAAAUGCCUAGCACCAUGCAUGCUCCACCAUCGCAUCAGCCAAGUCCACUUACAUUGGAUGAUCAUGGGAGAUUUGCAUGUCGAUCUGCAGCUGAACUUCAUGGACUCCAAAUCAUGGGAAAGGAAGAUGUUGUCCGUGAACUCAACAACUAUCUGGCAGUGUUACACAACAAGUGUGCACUUUGUUGGGCGUUUCUAGACAUCAAAACUGGAUUUCACAAGAAAUAUGUGCAAGAUUGUCAAGCAGCAUGGCCCAAGCGACGAUAUAUUACAUGGGGCUAUGGCUGGAUUGAAUGGAAGCGCAAGUGUUUGAAGUUGAGUGGUGGUGGAUUCUACUGCUAUGGGUGCUAUCUGCCGGCAGGACAAUUCACACCACAAUAUCACCGGAAUGUGCCGUAUGUGAAGGAAACACAUCGAUGUGGGUUUAGUGAUUUGGUGGUGAUGACAUGCUGGGUGCUAUAUCAUGCACCAGAGUUGUGGAAGAAGACGCAGGAUGCGUUUGGAUUUGGAUCGAAGACAUUGAUUCAAUGGGGUGAAUGGUUAAUGGCUAUACCGAACACUGCGUCGUUCAACAAUAUGGUGACGGUGUUUAUAUGGUUUUGUAGGGAGCGUAAUGUGGCUUGA